AUGCGUGAGAUUGUAACGCUUCAGCUUGGCCAUCUGAGCAACUAUACGGGCACGCAUUUCUGGAACGCCCAGGAAUCAUACUUUACAUACUCAAGCGAUGAGACAUCACCCAUCGACCACAACAUCCACUGGCGCCCUGGUAUCGGCGCCGACGGCUCAGAGACUUUCCUCCCGCGAACAGUCAUCUAUGAUCUUAAGGGUGGAUUUGGAUCUUUGCGCAAGAUCAAUGCGCUGUACGAGCCCGAGCCGCAACCAGAGCAGCUCGCAUCACUAUGGUCCGGCAAGUCGGUCGUUGAGAAGCAGCCGCCCAUAGAACCGAGCGAAUACCAGGCCAGUCUAGAUGCGGGAACCAUGCCGCCAGCGCUGACCCAGUCGUCGGUAAGGUUCUGGUCCGACUUCUCGCACGUCUUCUACCAUCCCAAGUCGUUGGUGCAGCUGUACGACUUCGAGCUGGACUCGACCAUCCGGCCCUUUGAGCGGCACGACAUGGGCGUGGAGCUGUUCGGCUCUCUAGACAGGGACGACGACAUUGUGGACCGCGACUUCCGCCCCUUUGUCGAGGAGUGCGACCAGAUGCAGGGUGUCCAGACGCUGGCCACCAUCGACGACGCCUGGGGCGGCUUCGCGGCCCGCUACCUCGACGCCCUGCGCGACGAGUACCCCAAGACUUCGUUGUGGCUAUGGGGUCUGCAGAGCCCUGAUGGCGGCGUGCUGCCCCGUGAGAAGCGUCAGCUGCGCAUCGUAAACACCGCCCAGACAAUCGCCCACGUCUGCUCCACUGCUUCCGUCGUCGUACCCCUCGGCCUCCCCGCUACCUUGCCGUCCAACAUGGCCGGCCUCGACACCAGAUCGCCCUGGCAUGUGUCCGCCGCCUACGCCACCGCCAUCGAGACCGCCACCCUGCCCUCGCGGCUAGCUGUCCCCGGCGCCAUCUCCCUGUCUGAUCUCGCCCAGUCGCUGAACACGGGUGGGCACCAGACUCUCGCCCGCCUGCGCAUGAAGGUCGGCGGUGCCGCCAACAAGGACGCCGACUUCUUUGGCAUAGGCCUUCUCAAGAACAAUGCGCGAAGGAAGCCCGAGAAGACUGGCAAUGUCUUUGGCCAGCUGACCUCAUCGCACGGCCCUGGCCCAAGCAAGCAGGACGACAAGGAGGCAGAGCAAGCUGACCCACGCUCCAGGCGAAUUGUUGGCGACUUCAUCUACGAAAACUUUGAUUCCUCCCUCAAGUUCCCCCUCCUCGACAGCUUUCCUUCCAUCUACGCCGAUGCCGCCGGCCAGUCUGAUAUUGCCACCCAAACGAUCCUGUCUACCGAGACGUCCAUUGCCUCGCGCAUCAAGGACCUCAGGUCCAUUGCUGCCUGGUCCAUACCCCUUGAUGAGCGCGAGACCCUUUCCAACGAGCUAGCCCAACUUGGUGAUGCCUACCAGGGAGAUUGGUCAGAGGGCAGUGACGAAGAUGACGAUGAUAUGUAG